AAACAAACACAAACAGAGAAUCUCCAGCAUGACAACUUCCUGUGGAGCAGAAACACGCGAGAAAACGUGUCUUAUUACUACUUCACUGUUUACAGGCUUUCAUAUGACAAGAUCCUUAAUGUUAUCGCGACUUGUAUAUAACAAUAUCUGCCAUAGUCUGUUACCAAUAGUGCUGUUUUAGAGACGUUUGCUGGCAGUGAAGAACAGGUGAGCUCGUGUUGAAAAUGCCUGCAGUCACACUAUUUGUCAGGAGAUUACCUGCAACAGCCACCAACGAACAGCUGACAGAGGUGUUCUCAGAAAUAGGACCGCUGAAGAAUUGCUUUGUUGUCAGGGACAGAGAGACCGAAAAAUGUCGUGGCUUUGGAUAUGUUACAUUCUCAAUGGAAGAGGAUGCUCAGCGGGCCAUUAAAGAAGUCAAAGUGUAUGAAAGCGAGAAGAUAUUUGUAACUGUGGCCAAGAAGAAGCCAGAUAAUAAGAAAAAGAAGAAGAAAGUGAAAACAGAAGAAGAUUCAGAAGAUACAAAGAAACCUGAGGAACCAACAGAAAGCAAAAGUCCUCCAAAGAGUACAGGCGUAAAGAAGAUCAAACUGAAAGCUCGACUGAUCAUCAGAAAUCUCAGUUUUAAGUGUGAAGAAGACGAUUUGAGACAGAUCUUCUCCAAGUUUGGAACAGUGAUUGAGGCCAAGAUUCCCUUAAAACCAGAUGGGAAGAAGCGAGGUUUUGCAUUUGUGCAGUUUAAGAACAUGGCAGAAGCUGGAAAAGCUCUGGCUGCGAUGAACCUGAAGGAGAUCAAAGACAGACAGGUGGCUGUGGACUGGGCCAUUGCAAAAGACAAGUAUCUCGCCACCCAGUCAGCUGGAGCGGCUGGAUCUGUCAAGGAAGAGAAAGUGAAUUUGAAUUCUAAAGGUGCAGGUGCUGAUGGGAAUGAAAAAGAGGCCGAGAAAAAGCCCACAAAACAGGAAGAAAAGGACGACUCCGAGUCAGAAGAAGAAGAGGCAUCUGAGGAUGAUGAUGAAGCUGAUAGUAGUGAAGAGGAAGGGGACUCUGAAUCUCAGCAGACAGACAGUGAUGCCAGUGAAUCUGAGGACGAUGAUGAUGAUGAUGACGACACUGAGGGAAAAACUCCUCCAAAGAAGAAGAGAGACCCUCUUCCUACAGAUGUGAAUGAGGGAAGAACCAUCUUCAUCAGAAAUCUGGCCUUUGACACAGACGAAGAGGGUUUGGAAGAAGUGUUGUUGCAGUUUGGUGAGCUAAAAUACGUCCGUGUGGUGAUGAACGCAGACACAGGAUGUUCAAAAGGUUGUGCUUUUGCUCAGUUCAAAAGUAAAGAAGCGGCAGAGAAAUGCAUCGCUGCUGCUGCUCAAGAUGAAAAAGAGUUUGGUGGCAUUAGAGUUGAUGGCAGGAGACUGAACAUUUUGCCUGCCGUGAACAGAGAAGAUGCCGCCAAAUUUAAGGACAAGAAAGUGAAAACUCACACAGGCUCCAGGAACCUUUACCUCGCCAGAGAGGGCUUGAUUCGUCCUGGAUCCAAGGCUGCAGAGGGAGUUUCAGAAGCUGAUAUGGCCAAGAGGACAAGAUUUGAGGAGCUGAAGAGGGCAAAGUUAAAGGACAUUAGUAUUUAUGUGUCUAAAACACGGCUGUGUGUUCAUAACCUGCCUAAGAGUGUCGAUCAACAGAAACUUCAGAAGCUGUGCCUCUCUGCUGUCAGUGGUAAAGGGGUCCGCAUUACUGAGUGUCGUGUGAUGUAUGACAAGAAGCCUAUUCGUGGUCAGGUGAUCGGCAAGUCUCUAGGAUAUGGCUUUGUGGAGUUUAAAGAGCAUGAACAUGCUCUACAAACCCUACGUCACCUCAACAACAACCCAGACAUCUUUGAACCCCAAAAGAGACCCAUAGUGGAGUUCUCUCUGGAGGAUGAAAGGAAGCUGAAACUUAAAGCCAUUCGUUUGGAAAACAGCAAGAAGCAACUUAAAAAAACCAGUAGCCAAAAAGGAGAGCAGCCACCACAGCAGCAUUCAGAGAAGAAAGGACCCUUGAGGAAAGAAAAUACAGCUAAUGUUGUUAAACAGAAGGACCAAGGAAGCCAGUACAGUGGCUUUAUUACCAAACCAGAGGUGGAGCAUGUAGAACUGAAGGAUGGCAAAAAACGGGCCAAGGUUCUGCACAUGCCUUCACACAGAGGCCCAAAAAUCAGGAAACGCGAUAAAGGGAAACAACCCAUGGUACAACCCAAGAAACAGAGCAAAGGGCCCAGCAGGAAAGAGAGAAAGAUGUCUACUUUCACUGAGAAAUCCAACAUGAACAGGAAACAGGUAAGUCCCCAGAAUGGCAAACCUGCAAAAAGAAAGUUCCAGAACAGAGAGGAUGUCCGCUUUGACACACUGGUCAACCAGUACAAAAAGAAACUGAUGGGAACAUCAAACACGAAGACUGCAGUCAAAAAGAGCAAAUGGUUCAUUUGAACACGUGAGCUUGAAAGAACAUGUAAAAAUGUUGAAAACCUUUCAGAGAAGGACUACAUUUAAUACAUUGAGUUUUUAAAAAAUGAAAAA